AUGGCUUGUCCGGACGACAUCGACGCGCACAAUACCGCCUCAGCACCCGUCGCUAUACCCGGAGACCGCCCCCAGGACAUAGAGAUGGCUUCAGACGACUCGACUGCUAGACAUGCUCUCCCUCCCCGUCUCGCCGCGCGGUUCAACCGGGUCUCUGCCACCUACAGGCGCGCCUCCGUUCCCUCCAUUUCCCGUCGCAACUCGGCGUCGUCGAUACACUCGAUCCACGGAGCUCCCCAUGGCGACCCCAUGGCACCUCAUAUCCGUCGAAACCUGAUACUGGAAACCCGCAAGGCCCGUCUGGCUGAUAGGGCCGCCCACGUCGAGAAGGUCAGGCUGCGUGCUGCUCUGGCGAAAAACGGUACCAAGACCGCUGCGAUCAAGGAGGAGAGAGCCCGGGCUGCUCAGAAGACGCGCGAGAGACUGCUGGCUGAUAUCACCGCAAAGUGUGAGGAAGAGGUGCGCCGCGCAAAGAAGAAGGCGGAGGAUACCGAAGAGAGAAAGGCGGCCCAGCGUGCCAGGCUCCGCCUCGAGAUGGUCGAAAAGUUCGCUGAGGCUGAAAGACGCAGACAGCUCUACCAGGAGACCCCCCGUCGACGCCGUACUUCAAGCAUCCCGGCUGUCCCGGCUGCACCGGCUGCAGAAGGGAUAAGAGUCACUAGCACCAGCGGUGGCCAUAACAAACCACCAGCCAUACGCCUUACUCCGACUGCGGCCGCUCAUGUGAUCCAGAGGAUGUGGAGAAACCACCGCUCACGGGUCCUGGUUGGGAAGUACCUGGGGCUGAACCUCACUCUCGAAAGGAUUGGGUUGCUAGGCUUCGAGAGGACUGGAGCCCUCGUGGCUAGUGAGACGACUUUGGAUGUGACCGCGGCCAUGCUUCGGCUCUGUGGCCUACAGGAUACCCAAGGGGGUGCCCUCGGUGAGAGAGGUGCCGUCCGCAUAUUUCUCAGCAGCUACGUCAUUGCAGCUUUCCCAGAGCACGUCCUGAGCAGUGAUGGAGAGCAGGAACAGGACUUGAUUGCCAAAGCUAGGGAGUUGCUUGUCAUAUUCCAGAAUCUUCUUGAUAAGAUUGCCGUACGUGGACUGGCCAACGUUUCCCUCUCUCCCAGCAUGCUAUCCUUGGCAGAGGCCUACAACAUGUUUGUCUCCGCAUUCCACGCCUGGAAAUCUCGUGAUUCGACCGUGCUUAUCGAGAUCAUGGUUGCUCAGUUUACGGAGCUUGAGCUCAUCUGGCAAACGGUAAAGGAUGACCGUGCGGGAGGUGUUGCGGACGAUUACCAACAGGGAAUCCGAUACAACCAGACCUUGCUCCUCGCGAGGCUGAAGCGUCUCGUUGGUUCAGAGGAGGCUAUGAAACUGAUCAAGAAGUCCCUGAAGAAGGCCAAUAGCUCUAAAAAGUCUAAUGUGGCCACCGAGAACACCAUCCCCAGAGCCGUCGACAAACCGUCGGCUUCCGCUGAAGCUCUGGUAGAGCCAUCGAAGCCACCGUUUGAAGAAAUGCUUCAUUAUGCAACUGCAAACUUGCCAGAAUCUCGUCUUGAGGAAGAGUCGGUCUCGCCCCAAGACCGGCUAACCAGGGUCCUAACUGCUCUCCCUAACAACCGAACUCUUGUCCAUGAGCUUCUGAUAAACAGAGAGUACCGCAUCGAACAGGGCCACUAUACCGAGGUCCGUCGACAGAUCAUGAAUCAUGUCUGUGAUAUAAUGAGAAGAGAAGUUGCCGCUGGCUACGGCACGAAAUGGACUGUUGCUCUGGCUACUGUCAUCCAAGACAGGCUGCUCCGUUUCCUCAGGCGGGGGAAUUCCUUGCAUAAUCUAAUUACCGAAGUCCUUGAUCCCACUCAUAUCGAAAACCAGUGCAAUUCUGGCACCUUUUCAUACGACACCUUCUUUGACUUUAUGGGGAAUGUCCUCUCCAAGCUGUGUGCUCCGUUCCGAGACGCCGUGGUGGAAGAGUUUGCGAAUAAUAAGUCAGGAGACGAAAUAGACCGUCUUUCACGGCUGAUGGGGAUAAUAGACCUACUCUCGCUCGACCAUACAAACUUCAUGCUUCAGGUGGUGUCACCUCAGUUAAUUGAAGAAGGCCCCCAAUAUGAACAACGCUUGUUUGAAAGGGAUCUACAGAAUGGUUCAAUUACACUGGACAAUACCAAGGAAUUCUGGAAUUCAAAUCUUGCCACCUUCGGUGCUGCGGACCCUCAACCAGCCAUGGGCAAGAUUUAUGCUCAGGGGAUGGUUGAUCUUGUGCUGAGCAACACAGCCACUCCCCAGAAACGUAUACCCGAGACUAUUCAAGCGGACUAUGCGAGACUUGGACAGCUUCGAUCUCAAGGUUUCAAGAUUGCUGCUACCGCUUCAAUACUGCUUACUGCCAAAAAUCUCCUGAAGCGUGAUGUAAGAUCUCAGUGGAAGAGCGAGGCAGACCGGAUUCUCUCGCUGGACUGGCAUGAUAUCAAGGCAGAACGCAUCCAAUCUAUUAUCGAUUCCACUCAUCCAAUGCCCGCAGCAACCAGGUCCCAGCUCUUGAGCACAAUUAAGCGUGUGGUUGGCCCAGCUCUGGCCGCUGCAAAUGCAGCUUCUGUCCUUGCUCCUUCUAGUUUGUCCGUUACCACCACUUUCCAGUCUUUCACUGUCAGGCCAUCGUCCGGCUCGUCAGAUGCUGGUUCUGAGCCCUCGGGAAGCGCUACAUCCUUCACUGAUCCGGUCGCUCGACUUAUGCUCAACCGGCUUCGAUCCCAUAUUCUGGCUCGUUUAAGUGCCACAAACACCAGAGAGCGAGUGAGGAUGACCACCACUGCGAGCCAGGGACUUGCCAGUGCCGGAAUGCCCGAGUUUGUCAGCGAAGUAGGCAAAAUAGUCGAAACUCUUGACAAAGUCCGUGAGAUUGACUGGCUGUGCCAUGGGUCUAUCCACGAGAAGAUCUGGAAUGAAAUCUCCGCCAACGCCUGA